CUGUUUUCUGCACUCGAUAUCUACGACCUUCAAAACUUCCAGUCACCCUAUUCUCUUCUGUAUUCGAGAACAACUAACUCUUCUUCAUGCAGGACCAUGUCGGAUCCAAUCCCCGGUGGCAUCCAGCGCACAGCUAUACUCUACCAGAACGCGAAUCAAGAUAUCAUUCUCAUUGAUAUUCCGAAGUCGAUCGCGGUAGCCCAAAGACGUUCGGGUAUUCUCCUCUCCUCUUCUCCGCUGGAGGCGCCCAUUCCCCUGCAUGAUGAGCCAACGCCCGAGAAAGCGAAGGCACACAAGGCCCGGCAUCUUCUGAACCCAGACCUUCAUGCCGACUACAAGGUCUUAAUCGAACAGGCGCUUGCCGAAAUCUGCAAUCAUGUAUCGGGACCGUGGUGCAGACCACGUCAACUAAUGGCCCACGUACCGAAACCUGGGAAGACGGACAUGCACAUCGACGACCCAGAAAAGGAACUCGAAAGCCGACUCCGGGAGUGGGCCGCACUGGGCGAAAGCAAGGGCGAGGAUAGUGCAUUCGACUUCCAGAAGAUGAUGGCUUCUCUCGGUACGACUUCCGGACCCAAUGCAACAUCGAGCGGAACAGUCACACACAAGUGGUUGAUGUCGUACGGCCCUGCACGCGAGAUCAAGGGCGAUGCACAACGUGCUAAAGCUGGCCCGCAGAGUGGGUCAGAGGAACCUUGGAUGGCUUUCUUUCACAAUCCGGAGGACCAUGCUUUAGACCUAGCCGUCUUUGGGAGUAUGGCUCAGUCGCCUGAGUACCGUUUCACGAUCCCUCCGAGAGCGACCUUCUUCCUCAGCGACUCCACCCACUCGGACGCGUUCCGUGCUUCGUUUCGCGAACUGACAGACGAGUACACCCUUCCGAGGCAUUUCGACUUGGUCCUCCUGGAUCCACCAUGGCCCAAUCGAUCGGCGAAACGAAAGGGAGCUUACGAGCAAGUUGGAGGUAUGCCUCACGUGAAGAAGAUGCUGUUGAACAUGGACAUCGACAGUUACUUUGAGCACAAUGCUCUCGUAGGCGUCUGGAUUACAAACAAGGAAGCUCUGCGUGCGCACGUACUCGGUCCGGGAGGACUUUUUGAGAAGUGGAACGUUGGCUUGAUCGAGGAAUGGGUAUGGAUCAAGACGACUACACAUGGCGAGCCCAUGUUCAAUAUCGACAGCCUUUUGCGAAAGCCAUAUGAGAUUCUGCUCCUCGGAAGAGCGGCGCCCAACUCGUGGACAACCAUGGCUCCGGCGCCCUUCAUCAAGAAGAGAGUUAUCGCUGCGGUGCCGGACAUCCACUCCCGCAAGCCGUGUCUCAAGGAGCUGCUUGAGCCCUACAUGCCGGAUAUAAACGACUACAGCGCCCUCGAAAUAUUCUCUCGGUAUCUUGUCGCCGGAUGGACAUCAUGGGGUAAUGAAGUGCUCAAGUACAAUUGGGAUCAAUAUUGGGCAUCCGCACCCGGUUCCGAGAGAUCUUCAGCGGAUACUCCAUCCAGAUGAGUGCC